GAAAAGUGAAAAUAAAUUUAAAAAAGUCUUAUCAAUUGCACAAAUUUUAUCAAUACCAUCAUCGUACAAAAAGCUUGACAAAGAAGAAAUAUUUAGAAAGUUAGACGCAUUAAAGUACAUAGAAUAA